GCAAGCGUCACCAACAAACACAAACGGCCCUUCGACCGCAUCGACGCACUUGACGCAUCGAGAGAACAGCGGCACCGACUAAAGCCGCUGAAGCGACUGCUGAGGCGUAGACGGUUUAGUGCUAAUCAAACAUUUUUUUCUUUUGAAAUCGUGCAGGCCACGCCUUCACUCCUGUGUGUGAGUGAGUGAGUGAGUAUUGGUGAACAACGCUGCGCUGGGAUACUGCGAGGACGAAAACAAGAAAAGGCACGUCUCCCUCGCAGCGUCUCGUCUUCCUUCGUGGGAGAGUUUUCUCGCGCUCCGCAUUGUUAGAAUUUGUAUCACUACGGAUAUGUAAAGACAAUACAUAGUAUUUCUUCUCAGAAAAAAACAUACAGAACGCACCCUUCUUGGCGUGACUUGCCGCUGCUGCGUUGUGUUAACACGAACUCCUCCAUCGCGCUAUUUAGAGCUCUGAGGUGCACCCACACGCGAAACAAGGGGUUUUCGCCGACCUAACGAAGAAAAAAAGGGAAGCGCGAUCCAACGCCGAAGUGGGUGCUCACAGGCAUGGCCUCGGACUACAGCACGCUACGCGCCAACUCCACGUCGCUCUUCGACGCUGCCAUGCCGCCUCUCACACGCGGGCAGGGCUUCUCGGCGGCCUCCUACGCCGUCACGCUGCCUGAUCGCUCCCCCGUCUUCGGUGGCCUCUACGGCAGCGGGAUGGACAGCGGCCUGUGCGGGGGUGGCGUGGGGCUGAACGGAGCAGCCGCCAGCCGCAGCGUGGAGGCCUCGCUACUGCGCCGCGAGUGGGAGCUGCGCAACGAGUACUAUCGACUCUGCGCCGAGGACCAGUGGCAGAGCCGGCAGCAGCGCGACGCACAGCGGCGACAGGAGGACGAGGAGGAUCGCCAGCGCGCGAUGGAGGCGGCCCGGCAGAUAGAGGAGGAGCGCGCCAAACGCGUGGAGGCGCAGCAGGAGCGGCUCUUGCAGAAGGAGCGGGAGUUGGAGGAGUGGAAGCUGGAGCGGGUGAAGGAGGCGGAGGCGGCGCGGCGGCAACAGAUCCAAGAGGAUGAACGUCGACGGGAGCUUCAGCACGAACGCGAGCUUCUCCGCUUGAAGGAGGAGGCCAGCACCCGCGCUGCCGCCGUGCAAAAAACCGAUGACCUGAAGCAGGCCCUGCAGCAGGCGGUGGAGAAGAUGCAGGAAACGAUGCGGGAGAAGAUGCGCGACGAGCUCCGCGCCCGGGAGGCGGCGCACGAGGCGACGCUGACACGCCGCGAAGAGGACUGGACACGGCGGGUGCAGUCGCUCGAGAUGAACCGCAGUACGGAGCUCGCGGACUUGGCGCACCAACUGCAGCAGGAUCAGGCGCGGGCCGCACGCAGCGAGGAGCAGCUGCGCGACGCACGCGAUCAGCUGACGCGCCUGCUUCAUCAGAUGGACCAGCUAACGCUGCAGCUGCAGUCCGGCGGUCCGCAGUCGGAGAAGAACCGCGAGGCCGCCCAGCAGCUCGCCGCCACCCACCGCAGCGCCAUUGAGCGCUUACAGAAAAUGUACGACGACGACAAGAAGGCGGAGCAGCGCCGCUACGCCGAGGAAAAGGAGCGCCUGCGCUACGAGUGCGAUCGACGCGUCGAGGAGCUGCGGGACGGCCACGCCACCGCGCUGCGCAGCAAGCAGAACGAGAUGGACGAGUCGAGCCGACGCGUGACACAGCUGGAGCAGGAGCUGCAGGAUGAACGCACGAAGCUGGCGCUGCUGCGCGCCGCAGGGGAACAGAUGGGCACGACGGCGAGCGACGUCGCGCGGAUGAAGGACGAGGUGCAUCAGCUGCAGGUGACGAAAACCGAAUUAGAGGAGGCGAAGAAGCGGCUGGAGCGCAACCUGCGCGAUGCCGACGCGCGGGCGGAGAGCCAAGGCAAGCAGCUGCAAGCGCUCCAAAUAGAGACCGCCGCCGCCAGCCGCCAUCUGACCGCCGAGCGCGACGAGCUGCGUCGCGAGAACGCCGAUCUGAAGAGUCAGCUCGCCGACGCGAAGAGCACCUGCGAGGAGGAGACGGCGCGCCUGCAGAAGCUGCUGACGACGGCGGAGGAGGCGAUGGCGCAGGUAAACGUGCAGGAGGUCGAAAUGAAUGCGCGGCGUGCCGUGGAGAAGGCCGAGGAGGAGCGCCGCACCGUCGAGAGCGCGCUGGCGCAGGUGAACCGAAAGCUGAAGUCCACCGAGGACGAUCUGCAGGCAGCGCGGCGUGCGGUGGAGGCGGCGCAGCGCGACACCGCCCAGGCACGCGAGCGGGCGCAGGAGCUGCAGGCGAAGCUGGACGAGCGCAGCACGCAGGUGCGCAAGCUAGAAAGCGAAGCACAGGAGAAGUUGUCGGUGUUGUACGAGGCGCGAGAGGCGAAGGAGCGCUGUGGGCGCCUGCAGGCCGAAUUCGAGGCGGAGCGAGAGUCGCGCCGGAAGCAGCACGAGACCGCGCUGGCGGCCAAGGACAGCGAGCUGCAGCAGUCACGGGCGGAGCUGCUGGAGGUGAACAAGAAAUUGCUUGCCAUGCGGGAAGAGAAUGCAAACAGUAGACUCGACAAGGAGGGCCAGCAGCAGCGCCUGGCGCGACAGCUAACGGAGAAGGAGGAGGAGACGGCGCAACUGCGCCGGCAGCUGGAGGACAGCCGCCAGUCUCUCCAGCAGUGGAAGCAGACCUACGAGGAGCAGCAGCAGCGCAGCGGCACGAGCACCGAGGGUUAUCAGAGAGCCGUGCGUGAGCGCGAUGAGGAGCUCGAAGAGGUUCGUCGACGGUUGCGUCAAGUGCAGGAUGAAAAGUCCGCGCUGGAACAGCAGCUACGCACGCGGGAGACUGCCUUCACGUCCGUAAACGCGCAGAGUAGCGACAUGCAACGGGCACUACACGAGCGUGACGCGCAGAUCGCGCGCCUUGAGCAGGAAGUGCAGAAUCGUGCCUCCACCACAACUCCUGCGGCGCCUCCUCUGUUAUCGCUGAUGCCAGCGCCGGCGCCUGCCGCCAUCCCAGGUAUUGUGCAGUUGCCUGUUCCUGGUGGUGGGGGUGGUGGCGUCGGCGGCUCCUCACGUCUCUCCCCGCAUGCGCCGUCCGUCGCGCCCCUCUCCGUCGCUUCGCUGCAGCUGCAGUCCUCGCCACCGCCUCCGCCCCCUACAGCGCCGGCGCUCUCCUUCACCUCGCCCCAGCCGGCGGCCGUCCCCGUCCCCCGUCCUGCACGGUCCUCUCUCGCUGCGCCGAUCGUGCCGACGGUGCAAAGCACGGCGGCUGCCGGCGGUGGGGCCCGCUCUUGGGUCUCGCCCCCUCCCCCGGCUGUGCCUGCGGGGCCGCCGCCCAAGCCGGCCACGGUGAUCGCUGCUCCCACCGUCGUCCCUCUCGUCUCCGUCAGCCCCAGCGACGGCGCGUCUGUCGGCUCCCCGCUGAGCAUCCCGGUGCCGACCUCGCUGAUGCAGUCGCCGUUCCAGGUGGGCCGGCAGAGCGAGCGGCACCCCUCGCUGACCAUUGCGAUGCCCACACCGGCCGGGGCGCUGUCGCACACAACGCCCGCCGCGCAGUACGCCGUGGCGCCCACACCCGUCGCUGUUGCCCCCCGCAGCCCGCAUAGUCAGCACCACCACCACCACAGUAACAGCCCCGCCGUCCCCGCCGUUCCCGCACCACCGGCCCCGCAAGUCGCACCGCCCAAGAGCGCCGGCGUGGGCGGCUUCCGAGUUCCCGUGCCGUCGGUGCCGUCGCCGUCUGCCGCUUCGGUGCCGGUGCCCCCGCCUCCGCCCACGCCGUUCAGUUCCGCCGUGGCCCCCAAGGCGUUUGCGGGGCCGAGUGUGCCGGUCCCUGUGCCGGUCCCCACUCCCUCUGCGAUGACGUUUGCGUUCCGCCCCCGCUAA